AUGAAAUUAUCGGUGACUAACAUAAUUUUUGUAACAAUUUUAUUGCUACUCAUUGCUAAUCAAAUUGAUGGCCAAAGACGCCGAAGUCGUACCAAAAACAAGUCAAAGGGCCGAUCAAAGAGCGAUCUCUGUCAUCAAAAAGAGGCCGAAAAAUGUAUGAACAAAAUGGUUGAUAUGGGAAAAGGCAAAGACCCGACUGCUGUCAUCGCCUCAGAGGCCGGCCUUAACCGCGUCUGCAAAACUAUAAGAGACGAUACAUUGAAAUGUCUGAAAAACUAUUUCAAAAAGUGCGGAACACCUUUGCAUCGGGAGAUAAGUGACCUAAUCAUAGAUCAGGUGGACUUCAGGAUCAACCGAUUUUGCGGAGAUAAAGACAAGAAGUCAACAUUCCUGACCCAAUCUCCCUGUUUUCACCAGAAGGUCUUCAGUACUAAUGAACACAAGUCUGACUGUAACAACAAAUUUCUGCAAAGAGUCAAUCAAAUUGAGACAUCAAAAGUAAAUGUCGACGAAAUCCAUAGCACUCUAUGCUGUGGUUAUAACAUUUGGGACAACUGUACGACAACAAUGGUAAGCGAUAAGUGUGGCUCAAAGGGCCARCAGGUGUUCAAGUCCUUCCUAAACGACAACUUCGGUGUCUUGACUAAUAUGAUGUGUCCAUUGGAUUUGUUCCCCACUGAUGGCUCCGUCUGUAGUAAAGUCAAGUCCCGUACCGGCAAAGGAAAGGCCAAACUUGGAGACAAUGCUAUCUCUAAAUACAUAUUAAGUCUGUUCUCAUUCCUCUUUGUUUCGGAGGAAUAA